UUCUGCUCACAUGUGAUUAGUGGGUGUGUGUUGUCUUUCCCCUCAUUCAGUGCGACGUUUUAUUAAAGUUGUAAGAUGGCGACGGUGCAUCUGAGGAUCGGAGACAUAGUGUGGGGGAAGCUUGGGCGUUACCCACCAUGGCCAGGAAAGAUAGUAAGCCCUCCCAAGGACCUGAAAAAGCCCAGGGGCAAAAAAUGCCAUUUUGUGAAAUUCUUUGGAACUGAAGACCAUGCCUGGAUCAAAGUAGAACAGCUGAAGCCGUACCACGCCCACAAAGAGGAGAUGAUCAAGAUAAAUAAAGGGAAGCGCUUCCAGCAAGCGGUCGAUGCAGUGGAAGACUUUCUAAAGAAAGCAAAGGGGAAAGAACAGAACUCAGAAGGAAAAGCAGACUCAAAAGGAAAGAAAACGCCCAACAAGCCACUGAAAAUACUGGAGGAGGAUGAUGAGGAUCUCAGUGCCCUGAAGGACCCCUCUGAGAAGGACUUAACUGACUCUGACCCCGAGCCGUCCACUAUUGAAAGGCUGGGGGCUGGACCUGCCUCUGGAUUCAAAUGGGAAAGCAGUCCUGUGAAGGACGACCCACAUUUCCAUCACUUCCUGCUCAGCCAGUCUGAAAAGCCAGCCUCAUCGAUGGAACCCAUUAGCAAACGCCUGAAGAUCAUUGAAGAGGACACAGGGUCAACAUCUAUCCAAGCAGCAGACAGCACAGCCAUCAAUGGCAGCAUCACACCCACAGAUAAAAGGAUAGGGUUCCUGGGUCUAGGGCUGAUGGGUAGCGGCAUAGUUUCCAACUUGCUGAAAAUGGGUCAUGUUGUCACAGUGUGGAACCGCACAGCAGAAAAGUGUGACCUGUUCAUCCAGGAGGGUGCCAGGUUAGGCCGGACCCCUGCAGAGGUGGCUUCCAUGUGUGAUAUCACUUUCUCCUGCGUCUCAGACCCAAAAGCCGCCAGAGAUUUGGUGUUGGGACCCAGUGGAGUGCUGCAGGGAAUCAGGCCAGGCAAAUGCUACGUGGAGAUGUCCACUGUAGACCCAGAGACCAUCACAGAACUCUCACAGGUGAUCACGUCGCGGGGCGGCCGUUUCCUCGAGGCUCCAGUGGCAGGAAGCCAGCAACUCUCCAACGAUGGGAUGCUGGUCAUCUUGGCUGCUGGUGACAGAACAGUCUAUGAGGACUGCAGCAGCUGCUUCCAGGCCAUGGGCAAGACCUCCUUUUUCCUGGGUGAAGCAGGGAACGCAGCGAGGAUGAUGCUGAUCCUCAACAUGGUCCAGGGCAGCUUCAUGGCCACCAUUGCAGAGGGGUUAACCUUGGCCCAGGCCACUGGCCAAUCACAGCAGACCUUUCUGGACAUCCUAUGCCAGGGUCAGAUGGCGAGCACCUUUGUGGACCAGAAAUGUCAAAAUAUUUUACAGGGCAACUUUAAACCAGACUACUAUUUGAAACAUAUUCAGAAGGACCUGAGGCUAGCCAUCUCCAUGGGAGACAUGGCCAACCAUCCAACCCCAAUGGCUGCAGCUGCCAAUGAGGUUUACAAGAGGGCUAAGGCACUGGACCAGUCAGACAAUGACAUUUCUGCAGUCUACAGAGCCUACAUUCACUAGAGCGAGGUGUGACCUAUCCUCUGGACCACACAGUCUUUAAUCCCUUAUUAUUUCUCCCUCGUCAUGUAAUGAUUUGUUUUUUAUUUCAUUUUAAACUCUAGUCAUUUUACUUUGUUUUGCCCCAGCGUCAGCCAUGUUACCUGCCCACAAGUCACAGGAUAGUAAUUCCUUUGUUAGAAGCAACCUUGAGCAUUGCACUGACUGUACUGGGUGGGUGGGGGUGGGGGGAAUACGCUGUAAGAGUGCUCCAAAUGAGGUUGUACCACUGUACUGCUGGAGUUUGCUGUGGGGGCAGUUAGUCUGGUUUCUGACAACACCAACAAAAAAAAAAGAAAACAGAAGUAAUGCAGGGUGUUUGGCAAGGAUGUGGGGUCCAGUGCCACUGUGAAGAGCGGGUUGUCCAGCUCCAGCCAGAGAAAUUGCUGUCAGGUUUUGUGGUUGCAUAAACCCUAAAGAUUUUUUUGUUUUGUUUUUGUUCAUGUGCAAAUGAGUUUAUUUAAUUGAGUGUGAUUUUUGCUUUUCUUUUUAAAUGUCCAGAAUUCCAUGAGAGAAGACACCAAGAACAUGCCACUGCAUUGCCUUAAUAUUGUAACCCCUCGAGUCUUUGGAUAAUAGAUGUAUUUAUUUAUGUUUCUUUCUAGGUCUUCUCAGUGCAGUUUGGCCAUGGCUUGUUUCUGUAUUUGACAAGAUGAUUUAUGCUUUUACGUUGUUAAUGAUCUUUCUUGAACAGGUUAAGGACAGAGCAACAGAUGUGUUGAGGCCUUAAAAUGCAGUAAUAAUCGGUAUUUCUCACCAAGACUUGAGAUUACCACGUUUGAAACCCUUCAAUCUUGUGUUUGGAAGAGUUCUCAUUUCCACUGUUUUGUUUUUAAAAAAUAUAUAUCUCUGAACCUUAAUCCACUUUUUGAGUUGCAUUUUAACUGGAGGUCAUAUUAAGCCCCAACGUCAAUCAGAUUUCGGGCUGGGUUUUGAAGGUCAAUUUUAGACAAUUGUGGGGAGAGUACAUGAUUAAUAUUAGUAACAGUUUUAAGUGGGUUAGAGGUUAGAAGGUUCCCUUGGUUUAAAGCAAGAAUGAUGAAUGAAUGAAUGGCUGAACCUUCAGCUACACAGGCAGUAGCUGAUUUUAGUUGGAAUAUCAUUAUACAUCAGUCUGACCCUGAAAACACACAGCUCACUGCAGAUAAACUGCAUGUUACGUUUCCAUAUCUCCCCAAACAGGCCUCAAACCAAACAUUAACAUGGCUUCUGUUUUCUUGUUUAUUUAUUCUGACAUUGGCCUCAAACAGAUUUCAGGUCAGAAAACGGGAGGUGCAGCAGGUGGCCCCAUGAUAGGAGGUGGUGGUCUUGUUUAUGUAGUAGAGGUCUUCACAAGUCUACUUAGUUUUUGGUGAACGAGACCUGAUUCGGGUCUAGAACUUGACAGAUAAUAGCAAAUGUUUUCAAGCUUGUGACAGAUUUAUCAUAUGUUUGCUGAUAAUCAACAAGAACUAUCAGUACAGACAUCCCAAAGAUGUCUCUGAGGUCAUUUAGAAACUUAUUUUUCUUUGACUAAAAUAUCCAGUUAACUACAUAUCUUUGUCACAAUGCUUCAAUAAACGUAUUGUUCUCAAAAAAAUCUGCAUUUUGUUAAAGAAUUGCAUUUCUUACCUCUCAAAUGUUUGUCUAUCUGCCUCAAAGAUUCAGUACUGGUCGGCUCUACUCGAGUCUAAAUUAUUUUCAGUCUCAUCAGGUCAGGUGGGUCCCGUUCUGUUACUGCAGGACUCUGGUCUGUGUCAAUAUAUCUAAUACCCAAGUGGAUCCAAUGGGACUGUUAUAGUUCUGAUAUGUGAUGAUUGGAAAAUGAACUGUGAAGUGCGGGAAAAAUGGCAUGUAUUAAUGCUCUUUUUUUUUUUCUUUUUUUCUUCUCGAACCCCCAAUUCUGGAUCAGUUCUAAUUAUCCUUGAGCAUGGGGUGUCUUUUUUUAAGAAUUAAUUAAUGCAUGCUAUGUUUGGAUAGUUUUAUUUCUAGUUGCAUUUUGGAUUUGGUCCAGACUUUUGGAUCAUUGAAGACCUCUACUACGUAGCCUAAACAAUCCCAUACACAAGUAUGCAGGUGCAAUUGACAAAACCCAACAUAUUCCAAAAAAACAUGGCAAUAGUUGUACGUACUCAAACAGAAGUGUUCUGGACCAGAGAGGGUGAAACUGUUUUUAUGUGUCUGAGUUCUGAUAGAAGCACAAAUCAAAUGAGACGACUUUAUUCUGUUGGGUUAGUGUCCUGCAACUGCAAAAAUCUGAGUACGUUUUUAGUUUUAUGUUCAUUUUCUGACAGAUUUCACCAACCGCUUCCAUGAAGGACGUGGAUGUUUUUUUUGAUCCCACGUGGUGUCAGAAAGUGAAUGUAGAAAUGGGUCAAUCAAGAUGGAAAAUCUAUUUCCCUUUUUAAGAAGAAGAUGUAGAAAAUGCCUCAUAAGGAGCUCAUCAAUGGUCGACCCCACUGUCACUGUCAAGCAAGCUGUAGCAACAAGCAUUGCUGUUCUGUCCCCAGGACUCGUACAGUUUGACAUUAAAGCAGAGCUCAGUGUGCACCGCCUAAAUUGUAAUGACCUCAUGGUGUUAGUUUGAAGGAGUUUCUCAUAAAACAGAAAUCAUUUUGUUGCAUCUGAAGAAUCCAGCGUUCCCAUUUUGAAAGAUUUUCUGUUUGCCAAACAAAUUUCCUUCAAAAGUUUUAAUUUUGGUUCCCCUUACAGACUCUAGUGUAAAGAACUGUUUUUAGAAGACAGAUGUAAAUAGCACAUUAGGUUGAGUAGGGUUUCUUUUAUAUCUUCAAUAACUUGGAUUAAUGAAAACAACUACUUUUGGUUUUGACUCUACAGAGUGACUGUCUAACAUCUUUGUGUCUUAAUACUGUAGAUUGUUCAGUUGUUCAAGUGUAAAUGGUUUAAUAAUAUGUGGCUUAUAUAAUCUGGCUUAUUAUUGCAUUGAAAUGACAAUGAGUUGGAUCCCGUCAAUGGAAGGAGGGUGUAACUUGUUUUGGGGGAUAUUUAUGAUUUUGUGUACAUGUGGAAAUAUCAAGACUUUUGUGCUGUUUAAUAAAUCCUCUCCUGAUUACUGA